UACCGAUCUGCCUGCGCCAGCUGCACAUUACGAUCACAGACUACCUCAAUCAUUACUUCACUUGUCGAGCCUUUAUUUCUGCGUUGUCUUCUAAAUCGCACGACAUACCUAUUUGUGCUAUCGCGGGGCAGUCAACCACAUCACAGUCUCCAACUGCGACCCAAAACGAACGCGCCUCUUACCAGUCCAUUCCCCUCGCUCAACCAACGUUAACCGCUAUCUACCACCCCCAAAAUGUCCGACGAUGAUGACUUCAUGCAAGAUUCGGACGCUGAACAGUAUGACUUCGAAUACGAAGACGACGAUGACCUCUCCGGCUCCGGCGACGUCGACAUUGAGAACAAAUACUACAAUGCCAAACAACUCAAGGCCGACUCGCUCGAAGAAGCCGUGACCGAAUUCCUGGGCGUGCCUGAGUUAGAACCGGAAAAGGGCGACUGGGGCUUCAAGGGCCUCAAGCAAGCCAUCAAGCUCGAAUUCGCACUGCGCCGCUAUGACGAUGCCAUCAAGCACUACAAGCAACUCCUCACCUACGUCAAGUCCGCAGUCACUAGAAACUACUCCGAAAAGUCUAUCAACAACAUGCUCGACUACAUCGAGAAAGUGGCCGCCGGCACCGACCAGUCGGCCUACCGGUGCAUGGAGGAGUUCUACUCCCUCACACUCGAGACUUUCCAGGCUACGAACAACGAGAGACUGGCCUUGAAAACGAAUGUGAAGCUUGCGAAAUUGUAUCUAGACAAGAAAGACUAUACACAACUCACGAACAAGGUGCGCGAGAUCCACAAGGCCUGCCAGAAGGAAGAUGGCACCGACGAUCCUGGUAAAGGAACCUACUCGCUCGAAGCAUACGCCCUGGAAAUCCAGAUGUACGCAGAGAUGAAGAACAACAAGCGUCUGAAGUCUCUGUAUCAGAAGGCUUUGACGGUCCGCUCAGCCGUACCACAUCCCAAAGUGCAAGGAAUCAUCCGCGAAUGCGGCGGUAAAAUGCACAUGAGCGAGGAGAACUGGAAGGAAGCACAGUCCGACUUCUUCGAGUCGUUCAAGAACUACGACGAAGCCGGAUCGAUGCAGCGAAUCCAAGUGCUCAAGUACCUGGUGCUCACGACCAUGCUAAUGCAGUCAGACAUCAAUCCAUUCGACUCGCAAGAGACAAAACCCUACCGGAACGAUCCCCGCAUCUCAGCCAUGACCGACCUGGUCGAUGCAUACCAGCGCGACGACAUUCACCACUACGAAUCGAUUCUGAAAGACAACCAAGACUUGCUGGCAGAUCCAUUUAUUGCCGAAAACAUUGACGAAGUUAGCCGCAACAUGCGUACCAAGGCCGUGUUGAAGCUGAUUGCCCCGUACACCCGCUUUACUCUGCAAUUCAUCUCGAAGCAUAUCAAGAUCCCGGUCAGUGAGGUCCAAGACAUACUGGGUGUGUUGAUUGUCGACAAGAAGCUGCAAGCGAAGAUGAACCAGGAGAAUGGCAUCGUUCAUGUGGAGACAGGCGCAGAGGACACGGAACAUCUAACCAAGCUGCGCGACUGGACCUCGGCCGCCGACAACUUGUGGUCGUCAGUUCUCCAUGAGGGUGAGGGUUUCAAGGCGGACGAAGCACAAGGAGCGGGGUCGUUUGGAGGACUUAUGAAUUUCCCCCUGAGUGGUCUGGAGACUGGAAAUGCUAUCCCUAGUCGUGGUUCGGCUCGCCAUGCUGGCCGUCGCGGAGGCCGAGGAGGUGGGAAGGGACUUGUGCCACCAGUAUGAUGAGAGCGAGAGGCUCUGAGAUUGCGGAUGUACUGUAGCAUACGCGAAGGCACGGAUAGGCUAGGCACGGCUAGGGCAGCUCGACUUGGCAGCUGGGGCCCACCAGCCGCUAACGUUACUGGCAUAUCUUGUCUUGUGUAACAACACAUGCAGCUUGCGGACGAUAGGGCGACAACAAGUCCUGGGCCUUGCACAAAGGGGUGCGUUUUUAUGUCAAAACAAGCAUGGCAUGAUUGGCAGGCUAUCUCAGGACCUGCAGUACCCAUGAUCGAGGCUUGAGAUGGUCGCAUCGAGUGGGGUUCUCAUACAGCACAAAGGAUCAAGUAUUUGGAAAAGGUGAAUCGGAAAGCUAACCUCACAAAGCGAUCCGAUUCCUGGAUGCGGCGGCCAUGACUCAGAGAGAGCACGCUGUGCAGCGGGCGGGGCUCGGCUGUAGCAGGCAUGAUGGAGGCGCAUGCGAACUGCGGAUAGGCAAAAGCCACAUACAGCGUGGCAGCUGUUGAGUCGACAGCAAUAAUGAAUUGAGAUGAGCGGUGUCAAAAACGGCCCUAGCCGACCAAAAGGACAGGGUUGAACUGGUCGAAUGCGGAGAUGGCAUUGUGUUGAAGCUGUUUGUCAUGCCUGCAUUCCUUCGUAUCCUACCAGCAUCACCACAUUAGCUUCAUGAUGGCUUGAUCCCGAACCGCCAAGUUGUCUCGUAGAAAUCAGCCAUGGUUGGAUCGACGCGUUGGAAGUUGUACCCCUGGCCAAAGUGACGCUCACAAUAGGUGAAAUGCGAAGCUCAUUGGCGCAUCUUCGAUUAGUUGACUGCC